GGUGGGCGUUGGUAACGAUCGUAGAAUGGCUACUCCCGGUGAGGUGCUGGACGGAGAUAUUGUACUUAUACAUAGCCCUGAUACUUCAGGACUUGUAUACAGCAAAUCUUUUAGUUCCAAUCAAAGUGAUUUCUUGACUAUUGAGUCUCAGAAGAAUAAUGGUUUCGUACUUGAAUUUGCUGCAUUCUGCAUUAUUCAAAGGAAACAGAGGCAAAAACAAAGUUGUCAAAAUGCAACAUCUCAACUAAUGGAAAUUGUUUAUGGCAGCACAAUUAAAUUGCAACAUUCAUUUUCUCGUAAAUAUUUAACUGUUGUUUUGAUGGAAAAUAAGCAAAUACUGUGCCUUAAAAAAGAAGAUGACGAAAACAAUAACUUGUUUAAAAUAGUUCCUUUUCAUCAAGAAAAGGGAUGGGGUGAAUCUCUAAAAGUGGAUGACAGGUUCAAACUUGAGAGCAUGAGUUGCAAAGGUCAAAAAAUAAAAUUUCAACAUAAGCCUGAUGAGAAAUGUUAUCGCCCAGGUUUGGAUAAUGAUGGUACGAUGUUUUAUAUUGAGUUCCAUUGCCACAAUAAUAAUAAUGCUGAAUUGGACCCUAAUUGCAUAAAAGGAGGAAGUAUAGUGACUUUAGCUAGCACUGAAGUUGAUGGAUAUCUUUCUGCAAGGGGAUCACUUUUAACAUGUGAAACACCAAGAAAAAUUAUCAAAGAGUACAAAAUUGGAUUACGUAGAUGGCAAAGAGGCUUUUUCAAUACCAAACCAAAUUCUGGUGACACAUUCUUUCAGCUUGAAAGCAUAGAUGCAAAAACAAACAAAGGAAGCAACCUUCUUUCAUUUGGAAAAUGCCGAAUUAAACACUUGGCAACACAGCAAUAUAUUUCAGCUACAAAGGAUGAAGAAAUCAAGUUGGAAAGCAACGCUUCUUUAGAAAGUGUUCAGUUUGAAAUUCUGACAUUAUCUGACAAAAAGGAAAAAGAGAUUUGCUAUUCAGAUAAAGUUGCUCUCAUGCAUACUGCUACAAAAAAGUUUUUAUCUUUUAAUGCAAUCCUAGAAGAAGGUGAUCUUAUUCAUUGGUCUGAUCUCAUUCUUAAAGAAGAAACUGCCUCAUUUAAAGCAAUACAGGUUGAUGAAGUUGCUGUACAAGAUGCCUAUCAAAUAGUUGGCAUGAGUUCAGCCUUAUAUGAGGUUUUUGAAAAGAUGGGUACAAAUGAUGAAGCUCAGGCUAAAGUGGUCAAAAUCAUGGAAGAACUACAAGAUUUGUUUUUUUCAGCUAGUAAUGAAAAUCCAUCCAGCCUCAAAAAAAUUUUUGACACACCUCAACGUAAGACAAGGCUGGCAAACAUGCUAAGAACAUGCCAGAUGAUUGACGUGAUGAUAGUUUUUUUAAGAGAAGAAGUGAAAAAAGAUGGAAGCAAUUUAAGCCUAAUUGAGAGCAUUUGUUCAUCAUUACAACUGUAUGUAGAAAAUGGUAGUGAAAGAUCUAUGCAGUACCUUGUUAAAGAAAAAGAAUUUUUAAUGGACAUGGUUGGUAAAUGUUCUAAUGCAGAUGAAGUUUUAAUUACUCUAUUUAACAAAUACAAGGCAUUUGAUCACAAAGAUUGCACUACAUUGAUUGAAAAAAUCGGCAUUGAGGAUUCAGAAGUACUUGCAUUAAUGUGUACUUUGGCUUUUAAUGGAAGGUCGAUUGAUUGGAGUCUUUAUAAAAAUAUCAAUGAAAAAUUAAAAGGAAAGAUAUCAGAAGAUGUUCACCAAACCCUUGAAGGCUUUGCAACAGAAGUUCAAUAUUUGGAUAAAAAUGGGACUACUACAUUUACCAUAUGUAGCACAUGUGUAUGUCUCAUAAUUGAAGCAAGUAAUAGGAUAAUUGAAGCAGAAAAAUAUUCUCAAGCACCACUCAACUAUGGUCAAAGUUUAAAAAGAUGUAUACAAGAAAUAGAAAAAAAAAACCAAGAAUGUUUAGUUCUUGUGCAACUUAUGAAUGUGCUAGUUUUUCUUAUUGAUUAUGGAGUUGUUGAUAAAUCAAUGGAAAAAGACUUCACUAAAAGUAUCAUGAAAUUAAGUGGAAAAACAGGCCAAGGUCAUCAAUGUAGUGCUGCCAUCAUUGUGAAAAUUAGAAAACUGGCACUACUUUCACUCAAGUUACUUCUGCAACAAAAUUUCGAUGCAUCUUUUAAAGUUUUGCUGAAUGAUUUUUGCUACUUAAACAAUACAAUAUCUGAGACUGAUCAUGAUCUACCUAAGGACUCUUCAAACAUUCCAAUGAGUUCUAUUGGCAUCCAGUCUCAGCCAGAUGAAUGUCCUCCAAAGGAAAUGGAAAUGCUGUUAGCUGAUAAAGAAAUAACUGAUAAGCAGGUCAUAGCCAAAUUACAAGCUAGAUUAAAGCAAAAUUUUAAUUGUUUUUCCAUGUUUAAUGUAAAAACUGACGAAUGUCAGAAAUUAUGUCGCAUUCUGAUUGAUGGUUUUGCUGAUGAUGAUACUAAAAUUAGAAUAAUGAGUGCAGAACUCCUUUAUGGUAUAUUCAGUGUUGAAGAGACCAUACUUUCUGAGACUGCAGAAAGGACAUAUUUUACAUUGAAUAAGGAACUAUACACUGAAAUGAAGCGAUUGGCAACAAUGACUGAUGAAGAUCAACUUCUUCGUAAGAUGUUAAGGAGAGAGCUCACACCUGAUUCUACAGAUAAUUUGCAAAAGGAGCUGGAAAGAAUAGCUGAUGUAUGUGUCUUAGAAGAUGGUACUCCAAAUACUAUUAGUCAAAAUAUAGGAUACAGUUGUGGACUUUUUAAUAUCGUUUUGGAAUGUGUUCUUGAGCAAAAAGGUCAGAAAAAUUAUGAAAUUCUAAAAAGUUGCUUCACUCUGCUGCAAAAAAUGUCUCGAAAAAACAAGAAGGCUCAAAAUAAACUAUUUAUUAGUUUUCAUGACUUCCUUCAAACAAAAUCAAAAGAACUGAUGAGACCAAUGAUAUGUCUGUUAAAUGAAAUCUUUUUUAAAAAUCCGGAUAUUUGUCAAAAGUUGACUGAAGCUGAUAUUGAUAAUAUUUUUAGUGCUGCUAUUAGCAAUAUUGGUGAACACAUGGAAUUGACUGUCACAUUACGAAUCAUUAUUGAAAGCACAAACCCAGCUCUUCCAUUAAAAGAACAUGUAGCAAGGCUCAUACAGCAUCAUUCAAAAAAUGGAGCUUUAAGUUUUAUUCUGGAGAAGGAUACACGAAAACAUCUUAUAGUUGAUGGCUAUGUAUAUAUAGAAAUUAUUAUUUUAAACAAAAUUUUAUAUUUCAUUUAUUGUGUAGACAAAACAAAUCAACAAAUAUCGUCUUCUCAUCAAUAUAACUCAUCUAUUAGCAACAUGUUGCACUGGAGAAUGUCAAGUUGCAGAACAAGUAGCUAUUGAAAUCUACAGUAUUGAUGAACUCCUAGAAAUUAUAAUGGAAAUACCAUCAGCUGCCCCAAAAAUAUCUUUCAUUCGUGUUUUAAUUUGGACGUAUUUGAUUACUGAGAAUGAUUCUGCCUCCACUUGCUCUAGAUUGGCUUCAGAUGAGAAUUUUUGGCACUUAAUGACAGAUUUAAAUGAUUAUAUUGAGGAAUCAAUACGAAGAAUAGAAAACAGUAGUGAAAAAGAAAAAAUAAAAGUUUUGAGAAAAGAAGAUCUCCCUAUUUGUAUUUUAACAAUGGAUGAAAAAACUGAAUUGGCAAAAAUUACUAAACGUUUAUUAUAUAUCAUUGAGGGUGUGAUUCCUUUACUAUCUGGACUAUGUCAAGAGUUGUCUCUUCAUAUACCAGUAACUGAAUUUCUACAAUUAGAUUCAAAGAAAGCUCAGGUUGCAAAAAAUCUCAUCACUAAGCUAAUGUAUUUUUAUGAUCAAGAAGUUGGCUCUGUGUUAGAGCAGAUGCAAGAGAUGGAGUGCAUAAAAAAUUUUAAUUCACUCUGUGACCUGUAUAGAUCCAGUGAACUUAAUUCAAUAAAAGAACCAGAAAGACAGUCACUCAGUUACCUUUUAUCAAAAAAAGAUGAAGACUUUUUGAAUCAACAAUUUCAAACAUUUAUUGAAAAUUAUGCUAAGGCUUAUG